AGCGUCCUACAUGCCUGAGGUUCCCACCGGCUCGCUCUGCUCGCCAUGGACUGGACCAGUUCGCGCAACGCCACCGCUCUUUCAGCGUGGGAUCCUCAUACCUCCACCGCUGACGCCAACGUUUCGCAGGCUUUCACGAGCGUCUUCGAGGACUACGGCAUGAUCGGCGACGUCGGGCCGAGCGUCGGCUCCGACUUCUACGACGGCGGGUCGUCCGCGGCGGGCGUGGGCAAUGCCAGCGCGGGUGACGUGGGCGUGUCCCGAGACGAGGCGCUGGUCGUGUGGGAGAUCAUCACGUUGGUCCUGAUCUUCACCUUGACCGUGUUCGGCAACGUGGUGGUGCUGUUCAUGCUGCUGGUGCGGCGCAAGAAGCUCACCCGGAUGUGCUACUUCAUCCUGAGCCUGUGCAUGUCCGACCUCAUCACGGCCUUCCUGAACGUGCUGCCGCAGCUCAUCUGGGAGGUCACCUACAGGUUCCACGGCGGAGGUUUCCUGUGCAAGGCCGUCAAAUUCGGCCAGCUGCUCGGGCCUUAUCUGAACUCGUACCUGCUGGUGAUGACGGCGCUCGACCGCUACCAGGUCAUCUGCUACCCGCUGUCGAACUGCUCGUGGACGCCCCGUAGCUCCAAGAACAUGAUCUUCGUGGCGUGGGUGCUGGCGCUCGGCUCCUGCACGCCGCAGGUCUUCAUCUUCAACUACCAGGAGGUGGCCGCCGGGACAUGGGACUGCUGGGCUUCCUUCAUACCACCGUGGGGCCCGAAGGCCUACGUCACGUGGUAUGCUCUCUCCGUCUUCAUAGUGCCUCUCUUCAUCCUCAUUUUUGUGUACUCCUGCAUCUGCCGGACGCUGUGGGUAAACUCCAAGCUCAAGCAGAUGGACGACCACACGCGGCGGAGCAUCAGCCGCGCCAAGAUCAAGACCGUCAAGCUGACAGUCACUGUCAUCCUCUGCUACGUCAGCUGCUCGGCGCCCUUCAUCUCCGUCCAGCUGUGGCACGUGUGGGACCCCAACGCGCCCUCGUCACCUUUCUACAACGGCGCGGCGUUCACCAUCCUCACCCUUCUGGCGUCGCUCAACAGCGUGGUGAACCCGUGGAUCUUCCUGGGCUUCAACGAGAACCUGACGCAGCUCCUUCGGUCUCUGUGCGCGUGUCGCCUACCCUCCCGGUGGGGACGUUGGCGAUCCCCGACCUUCAGGAGCUCAGACAGCACCAAAAACUUCCGCCUCACCGUCUUCACGACCACCGAGGGGGACAACCUGACUCUGAGACGACCCUCGGUCAGCAACAGACUCACGACAACUUCCAAUUAGCGAACUCGUGUCGUGUCAUGCACCAUGCUUAGAGUUGGUGUAUAAGCAUGUUGAUUAUUGACUUUUGUUAGGUGUUCUGUUGACUCGCUGCCUG